AACUGCUCUAUACUAUUCUGCCUCUGCAGUCUCAAGCGCCACUCCUUCCCUUUCCCUUUCCCCCGCCCUUCCCUUCCCUGCGCAUGCGCUGUUGGCCCUUCCUCUCCCCCUCGUGUCUGGGCGGUCAUGCCGAAAGCCAAGCGGGAGCGAGGGGCCUCCUCCUUGGCGGGCAGCGUUCCUCUGGCCGAGCAGAUCCUACAGGGCGAGGCGGUGAAGCCCGGGCGGCGGGUGAAGCGGCGGGGCAAAGCCGGGCAGCAUGGCGGGGAAGCGGGAGAAGAGGAAGAGGAGUACGUGGACGAGCGGCUCUCUCGGAAGAUUCUGGAGCAGGCGCGGAUCCAGCAGGAGGAGCUGCAGGCCGAGCAUGGCUUUUCCGGCAGAGAGGAGCCCAAGAGGAAGACCACCGUCCUGGGAUCCAGAUCCAAGGAUGGAGAUUCAGAUACAGAUGAUGAGGAAUGGCCAUCACUGGAGAAAGCUGCAGCCAUGGAGAAGGGAGAGUAUUGUGAGGAGAUGACUGUGAAUCCCGAUGAUGAAAAAGCCAUUGAAAUAUUCAUGAAUAAGAACCCACCACUGAGGCGCACCUUGGCAGACAUUAUAAUGGAGAAGAUUACAGAGAAGCAGACAGAAGUGGAGACUGUGAUGUCAGAAGUAUCUGGCCAUCCCAUGCCACAGCUUAAUCCUCGGGUCCUAGAGGUCUACAAGGGUGUCAGAGAAGUGUUGUCUAAAUACAGGAGUGGAAAACUUCCCAAAGCCUUCAAAGUCAUCCCAGCAUUAUCCAACUGGGAGCAGAUCCUCUAUAUCACAGAGCCAGAAACGUGGACAGCAGCUGCCAUGUACGAGGCGACAAGAAUCUUUGCUUCGAAUCUCAAAGAGCGAAUGGCCCAGCGGUUCUAUAAUCUGGUCCUUCUCCCGAGAAUCAGGGAUGACAUUGCUGAAUAUAAACGGCUCAACUUCCAUCUCUAUAUGGCAUUGAAGAAGGCGCUUUUCAAACCUGGAGCCUGGUUCAAAGGUAUCCUACUCCCCUUGUGUGAGUCGGGAACAUGCACGCUGCGGGAAGCCAUCAUAGUGGGCAGCAUCCUUGCCAAGUGCUCUAUCCCUGUCCUUCAUUCUGGGGCGGCAAUGCUAAAGAUUGCUGAGAUGGAGUACAGCGGCGCCAACAGCAUCUUCCUCCGCCUGCUCAUUGACAAAAAGUAUGCCUUGCCUUUCCGGGUGGUGGAUGCCCUGGUCUUUCACUUCUUAGCCUUCCGGACAGACAAGCGCACCUUGCCUGUCCUGUGGCAUCAGUGUCUCCUGACCUUUGCUCAGCGGUACAAAGAGGAUCUUUCUUCAGAGCAGAAGGAAGCCCUUUUGGAGUUGCUCAAGUCCCACAGCCAUCCCCAGAUCUCUCCAGAGAUUCGCAGAGAGCUUGUGAACUCCAAGUGUCGGGACACAGAGGGAAUGCAGCCCAUGGCAGUUGAGUGAAUCAAGGAUGGGAAUGUGGACUCUGUGUAUUGGACACCGCAAAUGCUGCGGUUUUGUUUGGACUGGAACUUGUUAAGUCAAAGGCAGCCAUUGCUUUGGUUUUGAGGCUCCAUCACAAUGUAAAAUAAAUGGGAUUUGUGUCAUCUCCAGUACAAAAGACAGGCACGUUUUCCUCAUGAAGGAGUCCAGGUGCUUGUAAUUGUUUCCUAUAGCAUUCAUGGUGCUUACCAUUCACAUGCAUUCACGGUGAUGCAGGUCUGUUUUAGAGAAUAGGAUCCUUCCUAUGAUGGUGAAACUGCUUCACAGUAGAGUUAUCCAGUUCUAAGAGACCUGUGCUGCCUGAGAGUUUGCUGUGAUCACUAGUGUCUUGUAAGUUCUGGAGAAAUGCAUAUCUUAUGCACAUAAUAAAAGUGAAAACAUGUA